AUGGCCGGCUCGUGCUCGCCGUCCGCCGUCGCGCCCGAGCGCAUCGACGCGCACUUCGCCAAAGCCACCAACGUCGCCUCGGCCGCGCUGCACGCCCGCAUCGUCGCCGUCAGCAACGAGUUCUUCGCGCCGGCCUCCAACCUGCUGACACCCACGCCCGCCGUGCACCGGCCCGGCGUGUUCGUGGCCACCGGCGCCUGGUACGACGGCUGGGAGACGCGCCGCCACAACCCGCAGCCGUUUGACUGGGCCGUCGUGCGCCUGGGUCCCGCGCGCUGCGUGAUUGACGGGCUCGAGGUCGACACCGCGUACUUCGUCGGCAACUUCGCCGAGCGCGUGCUGGUCGAGGCCGCGUGCAUAGAUACUGAAGACGGCAUCGAGGCCCGCAUCCAGAGCGACCAGAUCGCCUGGACUGUGCUGCUGCCCGAGCAGCCGUGCGGCCCAUCCGCCCGCCACGCCUGGGCCCUGCCCGCCCGCUCGCCACCCGUCACCCACGUCCGCCUGCGCAUGUACCCCGACGGCGGCAUCGCGCGCCUGCGCGUGUACGGCCAUGCCGUGCCGCCGCCCAUGCUCGCCGACGACGAGGUCGACGAGGAGCUGUCGUCGGCGCUGUGCGGCGGCGUGGUCGUCGCUGCCAGCAACCAGCACUUCACGCCCGCCGCUAACCUGCUGCUGCCCGGCCGCGGCGUCAACAUGGGCGACGGCUGGGAGACCGCCCGCUCGCGCGUCCCGGGCCAUGUCGACUGGGCCAUCGUGCGUCUGGGCAUGCCCGGCCGCGUUCGGCGAGUCGAGGUCGAUACGAAGGAUUUUCGCGGCAAUUUCCCGCGCGCCGUGCGCGUGCAUGCCAUCGUCCAUCGGCAAGGCAAGGAUGAGGACAACCAGGAUCCCUUGUCGGACGAUACGCGCUGGGUCGAGUUGGUGCGCGGCGAGCCUGCGUGCCAGGCGGACUCGCAGCACUGUUUCGAAGGCGAGGCGCUCGCCGACGCCGCGUGCAUCGUGCCCGACGUCACCCACGUCAAGCUGACCAUCGUGCCCGACGGCGGCGUCAAGCGCUUUCGGGUGUUUGGCUACAGGCAAAACAUAGCGCCCCUGUAG